AUGCUCCCAGAUUUUAUGCUGGUUCUCAUCGUCCUUGGCAUCCCUUCCUCAGCCACCACAGGUUUCAACUCAAUCGCCGAAAAUGAAGAUGCCCUCCUCAGACAUUUGUUCCAAGGUUAUCAGAAAUGGGUCCGCCCUGUAUUACAUUCUAAUGACACCAUAAAAGUAUAUUUUGGAUUGAAAAUAUCCCAGCUUGUAGAUGUGGAUGAAAAGAAUCAGCUGAUGACAACCAAUGUGUGGCUCAAACAGGAAUGGACAGACCACAAGUUACGCUGGAAUCCUGAUGAUUAUGGUGGGAUCCAUUCCAUUAAAGUUCCAUCAGAAUCUCUGUGGCUUCCUGACAUAGUUCUCUUUGAAAACGCUGACGGCCGCUUCGAAGGCUCCCUGAUGACCAAGGUCAUCGUGAAAUCAAAUGGAACUGUUGUCUGGACCCCUCCCGCCAGCUACAAAAGCUCCUGCACCAUGGACGUCACGUUUUUCCCGUUCGACCGACAGAACUGCUCCAUGAAGUUUGGAUCCUGGACUUAUGAUGGCACCAUGGUUGACCUCAUUUUGAUCAAUGAAAAUGUCGACAGAAAAGACUUCUUCGAUAACGGAGAAUGGGAAAUACUGAACGCAAAGGGGAUGAAGGGAAACAGAAGGGACGGCGUGUACUCCUAUCCCUUUAUCACGUAUUCCUUCGUCCUGAGACGCCUGCCUUUAUUCUAUACCCUCUUUCUCAUCAUCCCCUGCCUGGGGCUGUCUUUCCUAACAGUUCUUGUGUUCUAUUUACCUUCGGAUGAAGGAGAAAAACUUUCAUUAUCCACAUCGGUCUUGGUUUCUCUGACAGUUUUCCUUUUAGUGAUUGAAGAAAUCAUCCCAUCGUCUUCCAAAGUCAUUCCUCUCAUUGGAGAAUACCUGCUGUUCAUCAUGAUUUUUGUGACCCUGUCCAUCAUUGUUACCGUGUUUGUCAUUAACGUUCACCACAGAUCUUCUUCCACGUACCACCCCAUGGCCCCCUGGGUUAAGAGGCUCUUUCUGCAGAAACUUCCAAAAUUACUUUGCAUGAAAGAUCAUGUGGAUCGCUACUCAUCCCCAGAGAAAGAGGAGAGUCAACCAGUAGUAAAAGGCAAAGUCCUCGAAAAAAAGAAACAGAAACAGCUUAGUGAUGGAGAAAAAGUUCUAGUUGCUUUUUUGGAAAAAGCUGCUGAUUCCAUUAGAUACAUUUCAAGACAUGUGAAGAAAGAACAUUUUAUCAGCCAGGUAGUACAAGACUGGAAAUUUGUAGCUCAAGUUCUUGACCGAAUCUUCCUGUGGCUCUUUCUGAUAGUGUCAGUAACAGGCUCGGUUCUGAUUUUUACCCCUGCUUUGAAGAUGUGGCUACAUAGUUACCAUUAG